GUUAUAAAAGUUCUAAAAAGAAUAAGUGAGAUGAAUUAGACGAAUUUAGUGUUUAUAUUUAGUAGUUUCCCUACGGAAUCAUCAUGCCUAAGGAACAAUAUCGAGAAACUGAUGUGGCGAGAAAAAUCUCCCACAUCACUUUUGGCGUUGAAAGUGCUGAAAGUAUGCAACAACAAAGUCACAUUCAAGUUGUCGCGAAAAAUUUGUAUAAUCAGGAUAUUCAGAGAACCCCUGUACCGUAUGGUGUACUCGAUAAACGUUUGGGUACCAAUGCAAAGGAUUCAAAUUGUCAAACAUGUGGAAAGAACAUAAAUGAAUGUGUUGGUCAUUUUGGUUAUAUAGAUCUGGAACUACCAGUAUUCCAUGUGGGUUAUUUUAGAUCAAUUAUAAAUAUUUUACAAUCCAUUUGUAAGAAGUGUGGAUCUGUAUUAUUGAAUGACGAUGAUAAAAAUAUGUACAGAAUUCGAUUGGCAAAUCCAAAUUUGAGUUACAUGACCAAAAAGAGUAUACGUAAAAAAAUUCUUGAAAAAUGUAAAAAGCUAAACAAAUGCCCAAAAUGUAAAAAUGUUAAUGGAUUUGUUAAAAAAAUGACUGCCAGCAAAGGAGGAACUGGUAAUUCAGUUUUAAAAAUUGUUCAUGAAUUAAACAGAGGUAAAGACAAGGAUUCUGUUAUGAAGGAGCAAUUGGCUGAAUUUAAUACAGCUAUUCAAAGUAAUCCUGAUAUACAAUCUGCUUUACAUGGUAAUGCUGUUUCUCAAAUAUUAACACCAAUUGAUGUUCUGAAAUUGUUUGAAAGGAUACCAGAGAGUGACAUCCCACUUCUGGCAAUGGAUGCAAAAAAAUGUCAUCCCAGAGAUUUAAUUUUUACAAGAAUGCUUGUACCUCCUGUCUCAAUUAGGCCGUCAGUUGUAUCAGAGUUAAAAGCUGGAACAAAUGAAGAUGACUUAACUAUGAAACAAUCCGAAAUAAUUUUUAUUAAUGACGUUAUUCGAAAGCAUAAACUAUCUGGUGCAUCAGUUAAUAUGUACCAGGAAGGCUGGGAUUUUUUACAAUUACAAACUGCCUUGUACAUCAACAGUGAACUCUCUGGGGUGCCUUUGUCUAUGAUGCCUAAGAAACCGGGUCGAGGUUUGGUCCAACGUUUGAAAGGUAAACAAGGCAGAUUUCGGGGUAAUCUUUCCGGAAAACGUGUGGACUUCUCCUCUCGUACUGUAAUCUCACCCGAUCCAAACCUGGAAAUCGAUCAAGUCGGAGUACCAAUGCACGUCGCCAAAAUUCUCACGUUUCCAGAAAGAGUGACACAGGCUAACAUUCAAAAAAUGCGAACGCUGAUUAUCAACGGACCCGACAAAUGGCCAGGGGCAAAUUACGUUCAGCAGAAGGGGUCGGCGUUUAAAAAGUUCCUUAAGUAUGGUAACAGGGAGAAACUAGCACAAGAGUUGAAGUUGGGAGAUAUGGUAGAACGCCACUUAUAUGACGACGAUGUUGUACUUUUCAAUCGUCAGCCUAGUUUGCAUAAAUUGUCUAUUAUGGCUCAUAGAGCCAAAAUUCACCAACACCGGACUUUUAGAUUUAAUGAAUGUGUAUGUAACCCAUACAAUGCUGAUUUUGACGGCGACGAAAUGAAUUUGCAUUUACCACAAACUGAAGAAGCAAAAGCUGAGGCUCUAAUUUUGAUGGGCAACAAAAGUAAUUUGGUGACUCCCAGAAACGGCGAACUUCUUAUUGCAGCCACUCAAGAUUUCUUAACUGGUGGAUACUUAUUAACAAAAAAAGAUACAUUUAUGGACUUCACACAUGCGUGUCAGCUUGCAGCAACUUUAUUAGCUGGCAAAGACAGCAAUAUGAUUAUCAAUUUACCACCACCUUGUAUUUUGAAGCCAAGAAAAUUAUGGUCUGGAAAACAAAUUGCUAGUUUAAUAUUCCGCCCGAAUAAAACGUGCCCUGUGAAGGCUAAUUUAGAAUGUAAAGGCAAGGCAUACACAAAAAAUCGUGAAAUGUGCGUUAAAGACUCGUACGUGCUCAUUCGGAAUUCGGAAUUGAUAGCUGGCACUUUAGAUAAAGGACACUUGGGUAACGGUAGCAAAGGCGGUAAUAUAUUUUAUGUAAUAUUACGCGAUUUUGGACAAGAAUUUGCGAUUAGAUGCAUGUGGAGAUUAGCCAGAUUAGCCUCAUACUACUUGAUGAAUACUGGUUUUUCUAUUGGUAUAGGUGAUGUUACACCUGGUGAAACGUUAAUACAAAGGAAAAAUAGGCUGUUAAAUGAUGGUUAUGCUAAAUGUGAUGAAUAUAUUAAACAAAUGACGGAAGGAAAAUUGCAAUGUCAACCUGGUUGCUCUGCAGAAGAAACACUGGAAGCAGUUAUAUUGAAAGAGUUGUCUGUAAUUCGUGAGCAUGCAGGUCAAGCUUGCGUUGCAGAAUUACAUCCCACAAAUGGGCCUCUUAUAAUGGCUUUAUCUGGAUCUAAAGGUUCUUUUAUUAAUAUAUCACAAAUGAUUGCAUGUGUGGGACAGCAAGCUUUAAAUGGCAAAAGAGUACCCAAUGGUUUUGAUGAUAGAUCACUUCCACAUUUCCAACAUAAUUCAAAAACUCCUGACGCCAAAGGUUUCGUUGAGAACAGUUUCUACUCAGGUCUAACACCCACCGAGUUUUUCUUUCACACAAUGGGUGGCCGUGAAGGUUUGGUCGACACAGCCGUAAAAACAGCCGAAACUGGUUAUAUGCAGAGAAGACUUGUUAAGUCAUUGGAAGAUUUAGUAGUUCAUUAUGAUGGGUCAGUGAGAAACGCUGAAGGAGACAUUGUCCAAUUGAAUUAUGGUUGUGACGGCUUGGAUCCAACAUACAUGGAGGGAAAGGAUUGUCCAGUUGAUUUCGACAGAGUUUUAAAUCACGUGCGUGCCAAAUAUCCGUACAGAGACGAAAUUGCUCUCGACGGUAAUCAAAUAUGUAGAGCGACACAGGCGUUUUUAGAAACGAAAGCUUUGGACGAAUGUAGCGAAGACUUCAAAAAGGAACUGAUCACAUUUAUGAAUACUGUCUCCGAACGUGUCGAUAAAGCUUUGAAUUCUUACGGCGCAUCAAAUGUUGCUAAAGAAAUUGAACGUUUAACAUGUAGUCAAUUGAUAACAUUUUUGGAAAUUUGUGGCCAAAAGUAUAUUCGGUCCAUCAUCGAGCCUGGUACCGCCGUAGGUGCAUUAGCGGCACAAAGUAUUGGUGAACCUGGAACUCAGAUGACGUUAAAAACUUUUCACUUUGCUGGCGUCGCCAGCAUGAACAUUACCCAAGGAGUACCAAGAAUAAAAGAAAUCAUUAACGCGAGUAAGUCCAUAAGCACCCCAAUUAUAAGAGCCAGUCUGGUCAAUUCAACUGACCCAUGGUUUGCAAGGGAGGUGAAAGGGAGAAUUGAAAGGACUACUUUAGGAGAAAUUUCGUCAUACAUUGAUAACGUUUAUACAAAAAAUGACGCAUUUUUGUUAAUUCAGUUAAACGUAGAAAGAAUAAAGUUGCUAAAGCUAGAAGUAAAUGCAGACACAAUCAAAUAUAGUAUAUGCACGUCAAAGUUAAAGUUGAAACCGGGUGAUGUGGAAGUUAAAAGUGACACCAUAUUAACUGUAAGACCUAAUAGAAGCAAACAUUCAAGGAGAUUAAAUUUUGCGCUCAGUGAAUUAAAGGAUCAAAUUCCUAAUGUUGUUAUUAAGGGUUUACCAACAGUGAAUAGAGCUGUGAUUGCUAGAGAGGAUAGGCAAGGGAAAGCAUAUUAUAAUCUUUGUGUUGAAGGUGACAAUUUACGUGAAGUAAUGGCCACUUAUGGUGUAGACGGAACAAAAACUGUGUCAAACAAUAUAAUAGAAGUUUAUAACACAUUAGGGAUUGAGGCAGCCAGGGAAACCAUAAUGUCUGAAAUAAAAAUGGUCAUGGAAAAUCAUGGUAUGAGUGUAGAUUAUAGACACAUUAUGCUUCUGGCAGCUCAGAUGACUCACACAGGGGAAGUGCUUGGCAUAACUCGAUUUGGAUUGUCAAAAAUGAAACAGUCUAUUUUAAAUCUUGCAUCUUUUGAGAAAACGGCGGAUCAUUUGUUUGAUGCUGCAUACUAUGGACAAACUGAUAAAAUCAAUGGAGUAUCAGAAAAUAUAAUCAUGGGAAUGAGUGCACCAAUUGGUACAGGAAUAUUCAAACUUUUACACAAACCUACUCAAGUUGAUGAAAACCCCAAAUCAGAUGAUUUAUUAUUUGAGUCAGUAAUUGCUGAAUCAUAAUGUUUUAUUUUAAAAUAUUGGAUUAAAACAAUAAUUGUUGUACAUGUUUAGUAUUUAUUUGAAAUACAAAGUUUUUAUAAAAUAAAUAAAGCUGUUUUAAAUGA